AUGUCUUCUCAAUAUUAUUAUUCUCAAAAUGCUCACACAAGAAUGGCAACAUCAAACAGUGGUUUUCAACAACCGGGUACUGUUUAUUCAACACAAUCAUCAUCAACAGGUAUUAUUCCUUCUCAUCAAUUACCAAAUUCUGGACAGGUUAUCAGUCACACACCAACUAAUAUUCAUGUUAUUCCUGCACAUCACCAUUACCAACCUCAAAUAAUUACACAUCAACAAUUAAUCCAACCUCAAAGUCAAUCCAAUAUUAGCUCUCCUAUCUACUCUUCAGCAACACCUAUUCAAAGUGGCCAAUCUCUCAUUGCCCACCCAACUACUAGAACGCAAAGUAAUUCAUCCUUGUUGAGCGCAUCCAUUAAUGGCACGACUAGGUUCAUUGAAAAUGGCACCACAACACCUCAAAAUUCUAUUCACCCUCAACGAGUACAAGUCUCUCCACAACCAAUCAUUGUUUCUUCAGCAAGUAAUGCUUAUUCAUUGGAAAACGGACAUGUUACUCUUCAGCAGAACCAGCCUUAUUACACCAACUUGCCACAAGGAGCAACUGUACUUCAUCAAACCCACGUGGCAUACUCGCAACCAACCACUACUGUAUCUCAGGUGCCAGCUCAGGCUCAUCAUUUUCAUCACUCUGUCCCAACCCAAACUAUACAGGUGGUCCACUCCAAUACACCUUCCAAUCACCCUGUUCACCACAAUAGAAUAAUUCCAACCAAUGAUCCAAGAACAAUCUAUCAUCCUCAAACAAGAGGAUCUCUCCACUUCCAAAGAGAAGAUGUAAAAUAUGUUCCAGUUCUUACUUCUCUUAAAACACCAAUCACUCAACAAACAACCUUCUCACCCGUUCUCAAUUCUCCUCACCAAAUUCAUUCCUACAAAGUCGAAGAAGAUAAGCAGUUUGUUACCACUCUGCACCAACCUCUAUAUGUUACCAACCAACCAAGCAAUACACCUUUGAAUCAGCCAAACAGGCUCUCAGUCUAUACAAUUUGCAGGGAAAAUAGUUCUCAGGACACAAUUUCCCCACUAACUCCUCUGUCAACAGAAGAAUUCGAGUCUCCUCACCAACCAUCGUUUUCAACCACCUUCCAAAGAAUGAGAUUAGACGAAAAGAGUUUAGAGGAUAAAUCUUUUAAGCCACUUCCAUCUACAAUUAAGAAUACAGAAAUAUUUGCAAAACCCAAUGCUCCUGAAAUAAGUGCAUCAAAGUUAAAGAUGGCACUUGAUUCCCAAAGUGGAAUGGUUGAAAAGGAUGAGAGUGCUGAAACCAUGGACUUUAACUAUUAUCCUUCAAGUUCAAAAGAAGCUGGUGAUGAUUAUGAUCAACCCUCAACUAGUGAAGGGAAAAGAUCAUGCUCUGAAUGUAGAAGAGUUCACAAGAGAUGCUCUAAGGAAAGGCCCUGUUUGAGAUGUGUAAGAUUGGGAAAGAAAUGUGUUGACCUUCCAGAAAAGAAGAGAGGUAGACCAAAGAAAAUUGAUAAGGUUAGACAAAUGAAUAAUACUCUCAGUUCGGCUACCCCAAGUAGUGUAGUUUCAUCAGUAUCCUCCAACAGUUCACCAUCAUCUCUUUUGAAAAUAUCUUUGGCUUCAAUUGGUUCUCAAUCGAGUGUCUCCUCUUUCGGUGCAACACCAAUUUCUAAUACAUCAUCCAUUUCAGAUUCUAUUGGAUCUAGUUUUAAUUCUCAAAUCUCAAGUGUAUCCAGUGCAGGAAACUAUUUACGAAGCGAACAAAAAAUUAGUGAACCCCAAUCAAACGAUCUUGUAUUACCCUCAUUUUCAAAUUUAAUGCUAGAGCUUGAUAUUAGAGAUACAUUCUCAAGACAAAACAAUAAACUCUAG